AUGAAAGCAAAAAGUACAACGACAUCUUAUCAAUUAUUGAACAGGCAAUUUAAAAUUCCCAGAAUUAAACGUAUUACAAACACGGUCAAGAAAGAAUCGAAAAAAUAUCCGGAUGUAACAAUUACACAAUCGGACAUUUUUCGAAUGUUUUUCAAAUUAACAAUACUAUUUAUUGGUGACUCUUCUAUUCGAACAAUAUAUCGAGAUUUCGUCAGAUUAUUCUCCAAUGGUCGCUUAUUAGAAAUCACCGAAGCAGCAAUGCAAAACGGUGAAUUUAAAGAAGCAGAAGGUGAAAGACGUUUACAAAAAGAUGGUAAACGAGGCAAUCCUAAUUACAAAGAUAUUCGUGAAUAUUUUUGUGAAGCAUCGUCCACACGAUUGAUAUAUAUACAUUUACCCACGGUACAUGGACCAUCAGCUACGGAAAAUCUAAAUUAUUUACAAGAAUCAAUAGACUGUGAAUAUAUUCAUGCAAUUGUCUUCUCAUCUUACCACAGUGACAUGAAUUUCGCAAAAUUGAAAAAAAACAAAUUACCAUUUGAAACUAUUCUAGAAAAUUAUAAUAAUAGUUUAAAUGACAUAUGUCUUCGUUUAAUGGAAAUUUGCAGAGCUAAGAAAGAUCGUCAUCAACAAUAUAUUUGGAUGGGAGCUCAUCCACCCAAUUUCACCUUCACUGAUAAACAACAAUAUCAAUUUAAUGAGAUACUCAAUAGUACAAAUCAAAUAGUCAAUGAGCACGGUUUUCAUACAUUCAAUCGUAAGCACUUUUGGGAUAUAACCCAUAAUGAUUUACUAAUGCGCGAAUCUCAUUAUUUUUCUCCUAAAGGUAAAUUCUCUAACCUUCUUUGUCUAACUAUACAUGUUUUAUAA